UCAAAAUUUCAUUUCCCGCUCCGAUUUCAUUUUAAGAGCCCAAAAUCUUUUCACAUCCCUCAUAAUUUUUUCAUUUUUCACUUCUCUCUCCACAGUUUCUCAGUCUCCCUCUCUCUCCUUCCAGAGAAAAACCAAAAACUAGGGUUUCUGAGAGGAGAAUCACAAGAUGAGUCCGAGAAGAAGUGGUAGAACACCAAAACCAGUGUUAAAACCGGAAGAUAAUCCAGAAAUUGAAGAGAAAGUGAAGAAGAGGAAAGCUUCAGUGAGUAAUGGCAAGAACAAAGCUACUAAAAAGGUUAAGAAUGAGGAACCAGAAGUUGAAGAAGAAGAAGAAGCACCUGCUAGAUCUGUAGAGUUCAGAUUUAUAGGGGAACCUAUUCCAAAGGAAGUGGCUGUUGCAAGAUGGCCGGAUCGAUAUGUUCCUGAGUUGAUUGAGCAAAUCAAAGAAGAAAAUACUAAAAGGAUAAAAAGGGGUGCUAAAGAGGAGGAGUUAGAGGAAAUCAUGGAAGUAAAGAGCCAUUAUUCUAAAGCAUUUGUUGAUGGAAUUGAGUACAAUCUUGAGGAUGAUGCCCAUGUCUUGAGUGAUAAGCCGACAUCUCCAUUCAUUUGUAAAAUUAUCGAGUUUUUUGAAACUGUCGAUAAUGAAGCUUAUUUCAAAGCACAAUGGUACUACAGAAUCACUGACACGGUUUGUAGAGAUGCCGUCCGGAAGGUUAAGAGGGACAAAGAUAAAUGCAAGGAAGAGGAGUUCAUGGAGGAGCUUGAUCCUGAAAAUCAAUUCAUAGAGGAGGUUGAUGCUGAAAAUCAGUCGAAGGAACAACAAGAUGCUGAACUUAAGAAGAAGAAUAAGAAAAAUAAAUCCAAGAACAAACCUAAAACUGAUCACACUGUCCAUCUGCACCCGAAGCGUAUCUUUUUCUCAAUAGUAAAGGACAACAAUCCCCUGGAAUUACUUCUUGGGAAGGUUACUAUUACAAGAAUUGCAUCCAAUGUGGAUUUAAAGACAAAGGAGGAAAAAAUUGCCAAGUGCGAUUACUAUUAUGAUAUGAAAUAUGAACUUCCCUACAAGUCUUUUGUUAGCAUUCCACCUGAAGAUACAAAUGAAAGUGCAACUUCAAGUGGGGAAUCGGGGAUAUCAACUGUUGGAGUUUGUGAAAGUGCAAUGUCUAGUGGAGCAUCAGAGUUAUCUUUACUUGAUCUGUAUUGUGGCUGUGGAGCAAUGUCCACCGGGCUUACUCUCGGUGCUGAAGUUGGAGGGGUAAAUCUUGUUACGCGGUGGGCUGUCGAUGUGAAUGCGCAUGCCUGUCAAACACUGGAAUUAAACCAUCCCGAGACAAAUGUCAGGAACGAAUGUGCCGAGGACUUCCUUUCUCUGUUAAAAGAAUGGCAGAGGCUUGUCAAUCUAUAUGUACCAAGCGAUGGGAGCAACAGUACUACCCAAGGCAGUGAAGAUCUUGAAGAAGAUGAAGAGGUUUCACCUGGGGAAUUUGUGGUUGAAAGAUUUGUCGGAAUCAGCUUUGGCGAUCCCAAAGUCAAUGCAGCAAACUUACAGGCAAAAGAUGAUGAUGACAAAAUUAAAGCAACUGAAAUAUUUUUCAAGGUUCGUUGGAGCGGUUACGAUUCCACAGAGGACACAUGGGAGCCGUACAAAGGAUUAAGUAAUUGUGAAGAUAAAGUCCGCGAGUUUGUGAAAAUGGGCCACCGUUCUAAGCUGCUUCCUCUUCCGGGUGAUGUUGAUAUUAUAUGUGGAGGGCCACCCUGUCAGGGUAUCAGCGGUUUUAACCGCUUUAGGAACGAUGAAGAACCGCUAGAUGACGAGAAAAACUACCAGAUGUUGGUAUAUAUGGAUAUCGUCAAGUUCCUGAACCCGCAAUAUAUUUUAAUGGAAAAUGUUGUUGAUUUAGUUAAGUUCGCCGACGGGUACUUGGCCAGAUAUGCAGUUAAACGUCUUCUAUCAAUGGAUUAUCAAGUCCGAUUAGGUAUCAUGGCUGCUGGUUCCUUUGGACUUCCUCAAUUUAGACAACGCGUGUUCGUGUGGGGAGCUCAAAUGGGAAUGAAAAUUCCUUCCUACCCUUUCCCUACACAUGAAGUUGUUGUUAGGGGUAAUACUACUGUUGAAUUUGAGCAAUGCCUUGUUGCAUAUGACGAGGACAACAAACCUAAAUUGCAUGACCUUUUAUUGCUUAAGGACGCAAUCAGGGACCUCCCUCAGAUACAAAAUGAUGAAGAGCGGGAAGAAAGACCGUAUGGACCAGAUCCUGAAACUCAAUUUCAGGAACAUAUAAGGUUGAAUAGAGAAGGUACUGGUCGUCAUACAGUUCUUUUUGAUCACAUUCCACUUCUAUUGAACGCUGAUGAUUAUCAGAGAGUCUGUAGAGUUCCAAGAGCAAAGGGUGCAAAUUUUAGUGAUAUUGGUGGAGUUCAGAAAGAUGCAAAAGGGAAAUGGGAGUUAGACCCAUCCAUCCCAAGAGAAAUGCUUCCUAACGGAAAACCAUUGAUACCCGACUAUGCUCUGUCAUUCACCGGUGGCAGUUCAAGCAAGCCUUUUGGUCGUUUGUGGUGGGACGAGACCGUCCCCACAGUAGUUACGCGUGCAGAGCCUCAUAAUCAGGCGAUUAUGCAUCCAGCUCAAGAUCGAGUUUUAUCUGUAAGAGAAAAUGCAAGACUACAGGGAUUUCCUGAUUACCUUAAACUCUGCGGACCUGUUAAGGAGAAAUAUAUUCAAGUUGGGAAUGCAGUUGCUGUCCCGGUCGCCAAAGCCUUGGGAUUUGCUUUUGCUCUUGCUAUUCGAGGAGUUCCUUUCACUGAACCGCUUUUCAAACUUCCUGAUAAUUUUGGGUUAACUAUUGGACCUCUUCCUGUAGAAGCAUUGGAAGCUGUAGACAGGGCAGUUGAAGAGCAAUGAGCAAAAGAGCAGAGCAGUAGUCUAGUGGUGCAUUUGAAGAUUGCAGUUAACUGUCAACUUGCAAGGAAAUAAAUUUAGAAGCUAAUUUUGUUCACAUUAUGACACAACCCUGACAUUCUAGUUUUGCUAAUGUGACAGAUGGAAAAACUUUUUCAUCUUGCUCAAUUGAUUACAUUCAUAUCAUUAUGUAACUCAUGUGGUUUUAAUGAUGGAAUUUCGACUUAUUUUUUCUCUUA